AUGCAUUUAAAAGAUUUUUCUUUAUAUGAAAAACAUUAUAACCAACUUAUUGCAUCUGAUUUCUUACGACAGGUUCUUUUAGAUGCAAAUUAUUCACAAGUGUCUGAAAAUAAACAAAAUAAACAAAAGCGGCAAGUGCAUAAUCUUGAUUUUGAAGAUGAAAUUGUUGAAAAGCAAGUUCGUACAGAGCAUGCUUAUGAAAUAGAAGUUAAAAAAAAUACUUGUGAAAUUGGCAUUCAAACUGAUAAGGUCGGUGUACAAGUUAAUAAGGAGACCCGUGAGUUUGGUGUACAAGUAUUUGAUAUUAUGUCACAUACUCUUGAAAGCUAUAUUAAUCUACUACAAGCGCAAUUAGAUGUAAAAAUAAAUGAAAUAGAAAAUCUUCAAAAACAGUUAAAUUAUGUGUAUGAUUAUGUAAUAGAGAAAGAUCUUACUGCUGAAAAAAAUAAAGAGAUGAAUUCUAUUGAUCUAGCUAUAAAAAAUCAAAAAGGUGUUGGAGUGUGA